UUCAUCCCUAUAUAUGUCCCUCACUCACUCACUCCUCACAUCUACAAAACCAAACCCUAAUCCAAACAUUCAAAAAUGGAGCGCGUAACGAAGUUGGCAUCGCAAAAGGCAGUGGUGAUCUUCAGCAAGAGCUCGUGCGGGAUGAGCCAUGCAAUAAAGAGGCUUUUUUACGAGCAGGGUGUGGGGCCAGCGAUCUACGAACUCGAUGAAGACACGAGAGGGAAGGAAAUGGAAUGGGCUCUCAUGAGACUCGGGUGCAACCCUUCUGUUCCUGCGGUCUUCGUUGGUGGCACCUUCGUGGGUUCAGCCAACACUGUCAUGACCCUUCACCUCAAUGGCUCGCUCAAGAAAAUGCUCAGAGAUGCUGGUGCUCUAUGGCUCUAGAACAUUAACCUCGUACAAACACAACCUCACCUCACAUUCUACCUCAAUGCCCACACCUUGUCGCAAACGCUGCUUUAGUUGUAUUAUAAUCUCACAACCUACCCUUUUUUCUUCUUCUUCUUGCUCCUGCGGCCUUUUCGAUCUUCACUCUACUCAAUAAUAUCUAGAGACUCUACUUCAAUAUAAUCUUGAGUUUGGAUGCAUUGUUUCGCUUAUAUAUAUAUAUAUAUAGACUGAUAAAUU